AUGAAUGCUCCAUUUAGCCCAGUAUCCAGUUAAUCUAAGCCAUUAAAUAUUAUCAAAUAGCUCAGAUUUAAAGCAGCUCAAAGAAAGAUUGAAUUAGAAAAAGCAUGGUAAAAUUUAAACUUAGAUUAAUAAAAAAAUGAAUCAGAGUUAUUGAAUGACCUAGUUGAAUCAGAUUCGGAAUGCGAUGAAAGUAAAAGUUAGUUAAAAGAGACUGAUCACAUGAAAUAGACAUGCAAAAUAAAGAGAUCUAAUAUUUUGACACCACUAAACAUUAAAAUCACAAAAUAAAUACUUGAUGUUGAUCGAGCAAGAUCUGCUUUAUUAGGAGGAAAGAGAUUUAAGGAUUUUCUCAAAGAUGAUGAAAAGAAAAGAUCUGUUUUAUACUAGGAGAAUAUUGAUAAGAACAAACUUCUAAGAUCACAGAGUAAAAUCUUAAAUACCGUAGUAUCUCUUCCAUCAUUAAAGUUUUCAAAGUUCAGAAAAGAAUGA